GGAUUUACCGCUGCUCGCUUUUCACCACACCUCUUUCACAUUCAAUCAUGGCUGCCGUGUCUAAGAAGCGCAAGUUUGUCGCCGAUGGCGUGUUCUACGCCGAGCUCAACGACAUGCUGACUGCCGAGCUUGCCGACGACGGCUACGCCGGUGUCAACGUCCGGGUCACCCCCUCGCGGACCGAGAUCAUCAUCAAGGCCACCCAGACCCAGAACGUGCUUGGCGAGCGCGGCCGCCGCAUUCGCGAGCUGACGGCUGUUGUCCAGCAGCGGUUCAACUUCCCCGACGGCGGCAUCGAGCUGUACGCCCAGAAGGUCCAGAACCGUGGUCUCUGCGCCAUUGCCCAGGCCGAGUCGCUCCGCUACAAGCUCGCCGGUGGCCUCCCCGUCCGCCGCGCUUGCUACGGUGUCGUCCGCUUCAUCAUGGAGGCUGGCGCCAAGGGCUGCGAGGUCAUCGUCACUGGCAAGCUCCGUGCUGCCCGUGCCAAGGCCAUGAAGUUCGUUGACGGCUACAUGAUCAAGACCGGUCACCCCGCCAAGGCCUACCUCGACAAGGCCACCCGCCACGUCCUCCUCCGCCAGGGCGUUCUCGGCAUCAAGGUCACCAUCAUGCUCCCUUGGGACCCCGAGGGCAAGCUUGGUGGCGUCAAGGUCCCGCAGCCCGAUGUCAUCACCAUCCUCGAGCCCAAGGACGAGGACGACGGCCCCAUCGUCCCGAUGGGCCUCAACGUCAACGCCGACGCUUAAACCUUUACGGUACGGAAUGGACAAA